GGUAUCAUCGGCAUUGGUAUAUUAUAGCCGUCAGUACCGUAUUAUUAUCUCUGCCCAUCGCGCGCUUGUGUGUGUGUGUGUGUGUAAAGCGUUAUGAUAACGCGUUACAUUUUUUUUUUUCUAUUUACUCAAGUUUUUCAAAUAUUUCGUUUUGUGUCGUCCGAGAUUAUAAACGAUAAUAUAAUUAUUGUGUCGUACACGUCGGAUUAAUAAUAAUAAUAAUCGUUAAUUAUUAACGACGGCAAACUAUCGACGCCUAAUGUGUAAUAUUCAGCGAUUGCCGUCGACCAACCGAGUUGUCCGCGAGACGAUGGCAACAAGUUAGGCGAUGAACGGCGGCAACAACAUAUUAUUUUCUUGCAUUCCUCGAGGCGAAUAUCAGGCUUUUGAUAAACCACCGACCCGGCAUUGAAUCCACCACCGCCUCAUAAUAGUGCGGUACACGCACAAAUGGACGGACGCCACUACGAGGAGGAUGGCGACAAUAUCUCCAAUGCCAGUUCGUCCCUGGCGCCCGACGGUUCUGUAGUUUCUAAUGUUACCGACAAACACGGAUUCUUCGGAGGUGCUCAAUAUCUACCCGACUCAAAACGUUUGAUAUCGCCUAAAACUACUAUAGAAAGAGAAAAGAAAUGGGUUGAAAUGACAGCCAAUUGGGAAAAACAGCUUAAAAAAAAUUUUAAAAAAGUGCAGAACAGAUGUAGAAAGGGCAUUCCACAGUCGAUUAGACCCAGAGCAUGGUUGUAUUUAAGUGACGCUUACAAACUACUCGAGGAAAACAAAUUGUUAUAUUAUGAACUUUGUAAUCAGCCUGGAGAUCGGAAAUGGAUUGAAGAUAUCCGAAAAGAUCUACACAGGCAGUUUCCGUGUCAUGAAAUGUUUGUCAGUCAAGAUGGACCUGGUCAAAAAGAAUUAUUCAAUGUUCUCAAAGCGUACACAAUAUAUAGGCCCAAAAUUGGGUAUUGUCAAGCUCAAGCACCUAUUGCAGCAUUUCUUUUAAUGCAUAUGCCAGCUGAGCAAUCAUUUUGGUGUUUGGUAGCCGUGUGCGAUAAAUACCUCGUAAAUUACUACAGUCCGGGAAUGGAAAGUCUUAUUCUAGAUGGCAAUAUACUUUUUGCCUUAUUAAAAGAAAAAGAACCAAAUAUUUACAAACUUUUAAAAAAACAAAGCAUCGAUCCAAUUUUGUAUAUGACUGAAUGGUUUCUAUGUGCGUUUACAAGAUCGCUACCGUGGCCCACUUUGUUAAGAUUCUGGGACAUAUUUUUAUUUGAUGGUGUGAAAACAUUAUUCAAAAUGGGUCUGUUAUUAACUGGGAUAUCGUUGCAAGGGAAAUCGUACUCGGCUCUCAAGAAACGUUAUCCUACUAUGUGUGAAACCCUAGAAGCUCUUAGAAAUCCACCUUUACACUUGUUUGAAGAAAACAAAAUUAUAAAAAAGCUUAUACAAUUAGAAAUAUCUGAAGACAUGUUCUUAUACCACCAUGAACGACAAGUGUUGUUGAUGAAACGAAAGAUGGCCACAGAAGAAGUGAGAAAACCGCGAGAGUCGGAUAUUUUUUAAUUAAAACUAAAUAUUUAUUAACUAAAAGUUACCUAUAGGAAAACAGGUUAUUAAUUUACUAUUUUACAUUAAGACAUUUGCAUUAUUGUUGUCAGUCUUCCGUGCUGUUAUAAUUUGUUACUUUUUACUCAAAAAUAAUAGUUAUUGAGUAUACAGAAUAUUGUUUAUUAUUUUAUGUUACUAUGUAAAUUCGAACCUAUUGGUGCUUAAACUAAUAUAAAUUUAAAUAAGUAUAAUGUUAUAACAUCUAGUCCGAUGUCUUUGUUAAACUAUCAUCUAUACCCUUAAUAACUUUUCUCGAGUUUUGUCAUACCAAGUUGUUAAAGACUACAUUUAGUUAAGUGGUAGGUAAUAGUAUGUAUGUAUAAGUUAAUAAUUAAUAUUCAGUGACAGCCAACUGCCAACAAAAAUCCAUUGUAAGCAAUUCAAAUAUGUUGAGCAAUGGUUUACUUUAUCGAACGCAUUUCUAUACCCACUGGAAAGUAUUAUUCUUUAUUAUUAAAAUUAUAAUUUACUAGUAUUAUUAGAUGUUAAUUAUGAAGCAAUUAUUACUGUAACCGAGAUAAAAAUAAUCUAGAUGGCAGCUGUAGGCAUAUGAUAAGAUUUAGAUUGUUGGAACUUUUAUUAGGAGGACGCCGAAGAAAAUAACGGGUGUGUGACGUCCUCUUAAGACAACUGUAAUUUAUUAUAUAAAAUAUCUAAACAAGAAUAUUCCAUUAUACUCAUUUCAUAAUCAUAAUUAAUUUUUUUGACUGCAGAAAACCACAAAUAUAAUUAUGUUAUUAUUUUAAUUAAUGAUUAUAAUUGCUAUUAAUAUUAUUAAAUUUUGAAUAUUUUUAAGCACCAUAUAA